UCCGCAUUGCUAUACACGCUUAAACACUUUUACCAAAUUAUUUGGAUUAUAUGUCACCAGUUGUAAAGUAGACUGGACUGGCAACCAUUAUCAUUUAGAUUAAAUUUAAGUAUGAAAAGUGAUUACUCAUCCGAAGAAUCAGGAAACUUUCUUUUAAAUUCAUUCAUUACAAAAUAAAAGAAAACUAUAAUCAACAGGAUGAAGUUUCAAAUUUACAUUACCCUCUGCGCACUGAGUGUCGUUCCGCAGAAUAGCCAAAGCAAUACGGACUUUGUUCUAAACAAACGUCUGUACAACCACAGUUAUUCAGAUGCCUUCAAACAGACAGUGACACACGUGUCAGAGAAUACUACAUAUAUGGACAUUCAUGAAAACUGUUCUAAACAUAUUAUCGACGACAACAUCUAUAUUAACUGUUCAGGUUCAGGAAUAGAUCAUAUACCAGAAUUGCCUGAAUCAAGUGUUUCUGUUGAUUUAUCGAGAAACAACAUAGAAAAAAUACCUGAUAACCAAUUAACCCAUCUCUACAUGUUACAAUAUCUCGAUUUGUCAGACAAUCCACUAGUACAUAUAGAUCUGGAUGCCUUUAAUGGUCUUUCAAAGUUAUCUACCCUGUAUAUUCGCAAGUCAAAGCUUUAUAAAAUGGAUAUAUAUGAUAUUGAUACAAUGAUUUCUAUGCUUCCAUCGUUGACAGAAUUUGCUGUAACAUUGCAAGAAUUCUCAGCACGUAAUAUUACGUACUGCAGUUGUUCUGAUGAAAUAUCAAUACACACAUAUCGUUCACUUCCUUUCAUAACCUCUGUACUAAACCUUGAAAUAGACUCGAGUCAUUUAAGACAGAUCUUAAUGUCUGCAACUGCCAUAUGGAAAACGAAAUAUCUUCAUAUAUUUGUAACAGGACAUUGUUUUUACGAGUUAUUUCACAAACAAUGUUUCCAAAAUGGGCAAUUUCUGCAAGAACUGUCCAUAAGCUUUGCUUUUCCAAAAACAGAAAUCAUUUUGCCGUUGUCUUUCAGGAUAAUAUCGUUUUCAAACAAUACCUUUGAUAACAAUAGAAAUUUGGAAGUUCUCAAGAUACAGUCAACUUCAAAGAUAUCUGAUUUUAAAUGGUUUGUGUAUGAGUACAAACUGACGGAUCAUUUGAGAAACAUUACAUCAACUGUAAGUCAAUUAAAACUGUUUAAAUUUCUCAGUGUUCAAGGAAUUAAUUACGGAUCGGAUCUAAACUUCUCUCUUAAGGAAGCACUAUCUCCUCUUCUGAUGUCUAAAUCUAUAUCAUCUUUAGAUAUAUCAACAAAUGGCUUAAUCGGCAAACAAUCUGAAUGGGUAUUGAUCCCAACUUCUUUGAAAAAUAUAACUGCAAAAAAUAACUGUUUGUCGUAUUUGUUCUUGAUGACGCAGCUCUUUGUCUGGCCGCUACAUACCUUAGAUGCAAGUGAACAAAACUACUGCUUUGGACAAAGUCAUUUACAUAUGAAUUAUCGAAAAAACAUGCCUAGAAAAAUAAAAUUCGUUGAACAGGGAAUUGAAAAAAUUAUAUAUACAUAUUCUAUUUAUAGAGUUGAUUUAUAUGAGCUAAGGUUUCUACAAAAUACCAAAUACUUGGAUUUGUCAUGGAAUUCUAAUAAACUAAAUUCAAAGGUCCUCAGGAAAAAAAUUUUCACAGGAGUUCCUAAUCUAGAAUUUUUCGAUUUGACUGGUUACACAAUUGAAUAUGUGGAGGAAAAUGCAACAGUUCAUAAAAAGUUGAAGUAUUUAAAUCUUACGUCAAAUGCACUUUGGAAAAUGGGAUGUGCACUUAGUGAAAGAUUUACGUAUUUACCGUCUUUGAUUGAUUUGCGCUUAAGCGAUAACAAAAUAGAUUGUCUUACUAAGGCUGCAUUUGCAAGUUUGAAAGCCGUUCAGAUUAUUGACCUUAGUAAAAACAAUAUAGAAACAUUUGAAAUUUCACUGAAACAUCUUCAGAAUAUUCGAUUAUUAAACCUGUCAAACAACAACAUUCGAGUGCUUACGAAGUCGACGAUGGACGAUUUGGAUGCAAUUCCUGCAGUUACAGUUGAUUUAAACCUCAAUAAACUUACAUGCAACUGUGAAUCACGUAGUUUUCUUAAAUGGUUACAACAUGAAACGAAACGUUUCGUAGGACUGGAUCGUUAUGUGUGUAGAUUCAACAAUAAUUCUUUUGUUUACUUAACAAGCUUAAAACAGAUAACCGAUGACCUUGACCGUUCAUGUUCCUCACACUCAAUUCUAAUUGCGGUUUGUAGCUUGUUCCUCGCGUUCAUUACUUCUGUUAUUUUAGGAGGACUCAUUUACAGGUACAGGUGGAAGUUACGCUAUAUGUAUUAUAUGUCAAAGCUUCAGAUACAUAGUAGGGGAGGAGGAGAGGAUUACGAACAACUUUUUGACUUUGACGCUUUCAUUUCCUAUGCUUCCGACGACUUUGAAGUUGCAAGAGUUGAUGCAAUUGAAUAUCUCGAACAAAAGAAAUCAUUCCGAUUGUGUAUACACGAACGAGAAUUUCAGCCAGGAGAAUCAAUUGCAUAUAACAUAUCUAAAGGGAUACAUAGCAGUAAAAGGACCCUCUUAUUCUUUUCAAAGUCCUUUCUCCAAAGUGAAUGGUGUAAAUACGAGCUGAAUAUAGCGCGAAUCGAGUCCAUGUACACCAAACGAAACCUUAUACUUGUUAUAAUGCUAGAAGAUAUACCUACUGGGGAAAUGACAAUUGAAAUGAUAGAUUUCAUAAAAACAUACACAUACUUAGAAUAUCCUAAAAACGGCCAACAGGAAGACCGAGAUGUAUUCUGGAGCAAGUGCGCUGAUUUUAUCAAUGGAAGUUAAAGAAACAUUGUUAGACUUGAAAUUACUGCCAAACUAUAUGUUUUACUUACAUACACAUGCAUUACUGUAUCAUUACUCGAUUUGCAUUUUAUCAUCAAAUGUUCAAACAAUCCUUGCAAUAUAUAAAUAUUUCAAAGACUAUCCUUUUAUAUAUAGUGUAUCAUGUGUCGUUCAAUGCAUCAGAACAGGCCAAACAUCUAUAUAAUAAAGAUGACCAAAAACAGUGAAUAGAUGUACAAUGUCAGCUAAAAAGGUUCCAUAGGAACUAAAUAUUUGAUAAAAUACUUUUAAUAUUUAUCAUUAACCUUUUUAUAUGGCUUCUUUUAACAGAAGAAACAACUAUCCGUGAACAAUGCCGAUUAAACUUAUCAUUUUAGAUGUUACUUCUGUUUCAAUAUUUAUUCUUACAUGUAUAUAUAUAUGUACCUAAAUAUCUUCAUAAAACGUUUGAAACACGAGAUAAUGUUUGUUUUUUUUUCUUAUCUUUUGACCAAAUAUGUAGAAAUUUUUCUGAAAAUAAUAACAAAAUAUAUGGUAUUUAUGCUGUAAACUUAAUCACAUUUAGCAAAACAUAUGUCCUGUAGUUUUGAAUUAAUUGUAUUUUUGUUUGUAGAAUGAGUGUUCUAACAUUUUAAAUGAAAAAAAAAACAUGUUACUUUAUACUCUUAGCGGCUAUAGUUGUUAUGAAAAUUUUCACAAAAAUAUUUAACUAGUUUUAUAUGGAUAAAAACUUAAAGUAUGUAUUUUCUGGAAAGGUGUUUGUUCAGACCUUUAAAAUGUAAUAUUCUAUUUAACUGCAAUAAAAAUCGCCGUUUGUCCACAUUUGCUAUUUUAAACGGGUUUAUUUUAGUUUCUUUUUUGUUAAUCCUGACCCAUAACAAACAAACCUUAGCAAGUAUUCCAUGUAAUAUAGAAUUCAUGGUAGUGAAAUGUGUAAAAUUUAUUUAUUCAAAAGUAUAAGUAAUAUUUCCCCAAUGUCAGUUACCGUUAAUAUAUUUAUAGGUAUCUAAUUUCAAUGUCAUAAAUCAUUGUCAGCAUACAUUGUCAUUAUCAUUGAUCUAUUUUUGAUUUGCUUGAAAUGUUUUAAGAAAAAGCCAUUUCGAAUUACUGGCAUGGAUGUUAAUGGAAUCAGCUAUUGUUGUACAGCGUAGAUUAUAUUUGUAACUGUCUUUGUAUAAAACUGUGUUUGUAUAUUCCGCCAUAUUAUGUAACACGAUGUACUUUUGUGUCUAACACCUUUGAAUUUUAUAUGAAUAUCUAAUAACCUUUUCAAACUUCAUUUUUUGAUGUUAAAAGUCUCCCUGUUUAAAAUCGUAUUCCACAUUUGUUCCUGUUUUGAUUUUGAUUUUAGUGCAUUGUUAUUGUUCCCCGUAUGGAAAUGUGUUUGUACUGUUUAAUUUAUUCAAUCACGAAAAUAUAUUUUUAAUUUCGAUUAUUCAUCAUUGGCUGUACAACAAUUUUCUUUAACAUUCCCUUGAAACAUAUUUUACUAGUUUAUAGUUAGGACUUAAGAUGAUUUUUAUUUUCAUUGCUUUCAACAUGUAUAAUUUCAUAUAGGUAAUAUAAAUAUUCAAACGAGUAAAUUGUAUGGUAUAUUCAAACAUGUUCUAUGAAUUUGAUACUUUUCUCUUACCAUUCCUCAUAAUGUAACAUUGUCUUGUGUUUGUGUUGUAAAUAUUCCAUGUUAUUUCUUUUCCAACAAUUAUUUUAUAAAUUGAAGUAUUGUUUAUCAUGCUCUUAGUAUGUUUGUAAAUAAUACAUUUCCUUUAGAGAUUUAUUUUUGCGUUUUUUCGUCACUUUUAUUUAAACUGCAUACAAAAACAAUGAUUCUAUAUAUUUUGUUAUAUAAUUUUCAAUAGGAUAGUAUCCAUUUCCUCUUGAUUACCGCACCUUCAUGGCAUUUAAAACGUUGUUGAUAUUUUUAAAACCUCCUUGUUCGUCAAUUGAAAAUUGCAAGUUGAGUAACACUGCAUAUGGGUAUAUUACUAGAACUGCCCACGAAAUGCGAGUUUCAUGUAUUGCCACUAUUUAAAACACUUCAAUAUAUAGUUUGCUUUAAGACUUAGUAAAGAUUUUGUUGCUUGAUUUCUCUUUUUUGUACACAGUAUGGUAAGCGUUUUUGCAGAUAUUGAUAUAACAUUAACAAAUUAUAUACCUCUUAAAAAGCAGUUUUGUCAGAAUUAAGUUUCAGACUUAUUCAAACUGUGUUAAUACAAUAUCUCAUAUUUCAAAAGAAUCCUUUCAACCAUUACUAACUGAAGCUGCAUCAUCAGUAAUUUACAAAUAAUUUACAGUCACCACACGUGGCACUGUUUAAGAUAUUCAUUCUGGGUCAAGAAUCGCAUCGACUCGGGGACAUUGCACUGAGAACGAUUUAUGGCACACUGUCCUAAAAUCGCUACUGCAUCAAUCAAACUUAAGGUUAAAUGUGAGCGACGGUCUAAUGGAUACAGUAUCAUCCUCUCAGCCCAGACGUUGUGGGUUGAAGCUUCACUUGGGCCACGACCAUGCUUUCUCGGACACGAAAAUGCAUUGAUCUUUCUAGAAAUCGGACUCAAAUUCAAACAAGCUCCAAUCUUGCAUCACAAACGUGAUAAAUUUAAUUAGUAUUAACAUAUUUAAGUUUGUGAGAAGAAACAAAACGCUAGUAUACAUGAAUAGUAUUCUUUGAGUUAUAUAGAUGCCAGGACUGUGCACAGCGAUUGAUAUGAAUGUUUAAAUUAUCUUAAAUAGAGUAAAUAGCUCUGAGACACGAGACUUCUUCGCUGAUAAUAUUGAUUGAAUUACUUCUUAUAAAGUUGAUGGCGUUAACACAUAUCUUAAAUAAGUCGAGCCUACUUAAAGUUUGUAUUUUAGUUCCAAUGCCUUCGUUAAGUCGUAAAUAAAUCAUAUUUUAAAAGAUAGCAUUAAACCUGAACUGUGGUAUAUAUCUAAAUACUCGAGAUGUAAGAAAAAGGAGGUAAGUCAAACUUAUGAGUGUACGUAUACACUGUAAAACUUCGAUUAAGGUACAAAAGCUUGCAAUUGUUCCAUGUAGAUUUUAAAAUUGUGAUGGAAUGAACCACUAAACGAAGUUUAAAGUGGUUUAAUAAGCAGUCCUUAUACAUAUACUUCUUUUAUAAAUGAGUCAUUAAUGUUGUAAACGUUCAAGGCUUUUUAAAACAAAUCAGUUUUACUGCCAAACUACGGUAAACAGCCGAACAUUGUGUGCCAUUUGGUUUCAUCUAGCCAAUUACCAAAGCGAAAUGAUGCAGCCAAAUUACGUCAUUUCCGCUUCCGCUUCAGGACAUUAUAGGUUUAUGUUUAGCGUAAUUUCGUUGAAGCUGAUUCAGUUUCAUAACCUUUAUGGCUCUACAGUUUAUAUGGUUUGAAGGUCCAAAUGUAUUAGCAUACCACAAUUCUACCAUAUCCCGGGACUAUGUUUAACCUCUGAUGGAUGAGAAUGAAACAGAGCAGGAAGUGGUGCAGCCUUUGCAAAAUCAUUUUUUUUGACUAAUUUCAAUAGGUUUGUUAAUGAAAUUGCUUGGUGAAAAAGAAAUCGUGGUGAACAGAAAGCAGUAUAUUUCAGUUACCCGAGCAAAUUACAAGUGACACACUAAUUUCCCCGUAUUUCCUUGACCUUUGUGUUAAAAAACAAAAACGGAGUUUUACACGUCAGACUGUUCAGGCAGUAAACUGCCUUAGGAUUAAUGUCUCUGGUAAUAUUUACCAUACGGAAUCGACAUAGGGACAACUGAAAUACAACAAAGUUUCUUGAUGUAAUAUUAUCAGAACUGUUUCUUUCACAAUAUAACAUGUUCUGACACACAUUAUAACUAUGUAACAAAGUUUCAAUUCAAGAUUAAACUUUAUAAACCUCAAGGUUUGAAAAGAGGGAGGUUAAGUUAUAAAGCAAUAAAACCACGAAUGGACAGCUCUGUAAAAAUAUAAAUCAUCAAAUGUUACAAGGGCAUAAAUCUUCAUAACCUUAUAUUACAUUUCUGUUUCCCUGAUUACCAGGGUGAAAGUCUGUUAGAUAUAGCGCACACAAACAUUCAAAAUCCUUAUUACUCGUAAACCUUAGAGUUUGAUGCUAAAUAUCAGCCUCAAGUGAAGAUAAGGUGCCAACUACCCUGUAUAUAAUGAAAGAAAAUGUGCGUGUCUCAAAAAAGGGACUUGCAAUAGAAUAAUUUGAUUCCAAAACGAGAGUAAUUAUAUAUCAAAGUGAAUGUCUUCUAUGGUGUGUGUUUUUUAUUAGAGCUGUUAUACUCGUACCUCACAUAUAUACACGCACAAAACUUGUCAUUACGGUAAUCGUUGAAGUAUGUGGUGCCUUUAAAUGACAGCUGUUUGUACAUGGAUAUAAUUUGACAUUACACAUCAGUGCUAAACUAUUGUUUAUGUAAAAAUAUUAACGCGCUUUAACAAUAGUACAUUGGUGAUUGUAAAAAUGUAAAUACAAGAUAAUUUAUCAAGGUGUAACAAAUAGUUUAGUAAGCAACCGAAAUUUGAUGUAAUUUGAGACAAGAAUAUUGCUGUAUUAUAUACAAUACUCAUUGACAUGAAUUACAAUGAUAAGUGUACUUAAAUGCUGUUCUGAUAUUAUCUGGAGGUCAAUCAUUCCAAAAUAUAAACUUUUGACGUAACCUAUAUACAUGUACAAUGUUAGUACAUGAUGUAUAAGAGUUUUAUCUUAUUUUUAUACACGUUUCACUUAUAAUGAUCCAUAUAACGUAGAUUUUUGUCUUUAUUACAAGUAUUCUAUCUUAUAUACUUUGCACCAAUAUUAGGUUUAGGUAAGCAAAAUUUUUAAAAAACUUACCUUUCACUUAUUUGUAGAUAUAAAUAAAAUAUCUAGGUUUC